AUGACAAAUUCUACCGAUUUACUGGUAGAUGACGGAAACUUUACUUUACGAAGUGAAACCGUAAAUGCAGUAACUGAUGCGGCAAAAAAUUUUUUGGCUAACAGAAGCAUGCAGGCUAGGAAUUCAGCAAGCCAUGCUGGACACGACUCUCAAAUGCACCAUAUGCAUCAUCACCAUCAUCACCAACACAUGGGAAUGGGAGAAGAAAUGGGGAUGAUGACCGGCGACACAAUGUCCUCGAGUAACCAUCAGAUGAUGAAAAUGUGGUUUCAUGGGGGCUACGAUGAAGUCAUUCUAUUUGACUUUUGGAGGAUCAACUCUUUUUGUGGGCUUAUAACAUCCUGUUUGGUGAUAUUCGUUAUGUCAGCACUGUAUGAGGGUGUUAAAUGGUUCCGGGUGUACCUGCAAAUGGCUUCUGAAAAAGUAGAUUCACAGAACUGUCUGCUUGAAGAAAGGCAUCACAAUGGAUUGGUUUAUAAGCCGACUACGACUACAAGUAACAACGUCACUGCAGGGUUUCAAGUGCGCGGUUUUCAGGGUGUCUUGUACGCUGUGCAAUUAACUCUUGCCUACUGGAUGAUGCUGGUUGCAAUGACGUUCAACUCAUAUUUGACUAUAGCGGUAAUCGUCGGAGCAGCUUUCGGUCACUGGCUUUUUGCCGUUUUGAAAUGUUUCAACUCUCAAGCUGACCGUUUAAAUUCAUUGGCUACAGACGCUUGUCACUGA